CUCUCUCCAUCUCUCUCACACACUCAACUCAACUCGACUCAACCAAGCCAGGUUGAGGCGGCGCGGCGACCAAACCCCCACACCCGCAACCACCCACCACCCGCCGCCGAUGCCCGGCGGGCCCUCCCGCGCCGCCGAUGCGGACGACGACGACGACGACGAGCUCUCGCGCCUCCUCUCCCUGGCCGAGGCCGACCUCGAGGCCGGCCGCCUCCGCGCCGCGCACAAGCACGCCCGCCGCGCCGCCCGCCUCGACCCGGACUCCACCCGCGCCUCGCUCCUCCUCACCGCCGUCUCCGUCCUCGCCGCCGACGACUCCUCCCACCGCGCCACCCUCCUCCUCCCCGACUCCCCCCACUCCCAGGCCUCGCCCCUCUCACCCUCCGCCCUCCGCCGCCACUACAAAUCCCUCUCCGAAUCCCUCCGCUCCGCCCCGCCCUCCUCUUCCCCCGCCGUCUCCUCCGCCGUCAAGGAGGCGCUCCGCCGCGCCGCCGACGCCUACGCCGCGCUCGCCAACCAGGCCGCCGCCCCCGUCCCGCCCACCUUCUGGACGGCCUGCGCCGGCUGCCGCCUCCUCCAUGAGUUCGACCGCAAGUACGUCGGAUUCCGCCUCAUGUGCCCCUCCUGCCGCCGCACCUUCCUCGCCUCCGAAGUGCCCCCUCCGCCGGAGGCUGAGGCGGAGGCGGAGCCAGACCCGCUGCCGCCGGCUAAGAAGAAGCCCAAAACCCAGAAGCGUGAGAUGACGCUCGCCGAGAUGCAGCUCCAGCUCUCCAAGAAAAGAGCAACCAACAACUCAUCCAGACUCGACGAGGAUGACGACGAUGACAAUGACGAUGACGAUGACGAUGAUGAGGGAGAGGAGCAGCAGCAGAACAACGACUCUGAGAUGAUGGAUGUGGAGGACUCAGACUUCUACAACUUCGACGCCGACCGCUGCGAGAAGUGCUUCAAGAGAGGCCAGGUGUGGGCAUUGUACGGUGAUGAUGACGGUAUGCCUCGUCACUAUGCGCUGGUGGAGAUGAUUACACCAGGGGGCCGAUUCCGUGCACAGAUAAGGUGGCUUGAUCUCCAGCCAGAUGGAGGGGAGGGGACGCCAUGUGGGGAGUUCAAGGUCGGGAGAACGGUUACCGUGCAUUCAGUGAACAUCUUCUCGCAUCAGGUCGCCUAUGAGAGGGUGGCGAGGGAGGUGUACCGGAUUUACCCCAAGAAGGGCUCGGUUUGGGCGCUCCAUGGCGGAAAGGAUGCCGAUUCGGGGAGGCCAAAGUAUGAGUUUGUGGUGUUCCUCAGUGGGUACAGUGACCUUUAUGGUGCCAGCUUCGGCUACCUGGAGAAGGUGGAAGGUUUCAGGAGCAUCUUUACCCGCCAGGAUGUCGGUCGCGAUGCUGUCCAGACCCUUCACAAGGGAGAUAUGGGGAAACUCUCGCAUCAGAUUCCGGCGAGGAGAGCGCCCAAGGGUGAAGGCUCAACCCUGCCUCCUACUGAUUGCUGGGAGCUUGACCCUGCAUCAUUGCCUUCUGAGUUGCUGCAUGACAAUCAGCAGAAAUAGCCGAUGUGGUAACUUCGAGAAAGUAUCUUAGCUGAUAGGAUUGUUCAUACUGUAGAAUUUGUCGGAGGUCAUAGGUCUGUGGUGGUCUGCCUAGUGAAAUGAUCCGGUGAUGCAUUUGCUUCACCUGCUUUGGAUGUAUGUUCCUCCAUGCUUAUGGCUCCUCGUCAAGGUAGAGAUUUAGAUAGCGGGAUACUUGUACCUGAUGCUGUGUUCAAUUCCACCAUCAACAACUUUCAGUGCAUGAAAUGAAUCAUCUUUUGGUAUUGAUGGUAGACACUUCUCUGUUAUAACUUAUAUGAAUGAUAUUGAGGAAAUUACUCUGCAA